UUUUAUUUUAAAAUACUAAUAAAUUUCGAUGGAGUCAGACAAAAGCAGUUAUGAAGAAUUCAUGGAAGACGGGACUAAGGAAAUUGAGUUGAUGAAGACCAAGGAGAAGAUAAGGAGGAAGAGAGAAAGAAUUAAGCAUGGGAAGAACAGAUUGGAGAUACCUGGAGGAGAGAGAACGAGGAGGCGGUCGGCGGUGCAGAGGAGGAAGGAGUCUAAUGUGUUGUUGGGAGUAGGGAUCGAGGGAAAUGAUGAAAAACGCCUCUCUAGAGGGCUGAUAGCACUUUCAGGAUUAGCCUUAAGUGAUACCUCACUUGAGUAUGAAGAUGAUUCAAAGGGAAGUUAUUAUCAGUUUGGCAUCCAAAAGAGCAACGUUUCAUUAAAUCCUAAGUUUGAUUUGAAAAAUAUUGACCCUGAUGAAUGGAACAAUAUCCCUUUCCCUUUGGUAGACUGUAUUAAAGCCAUACUUCAUGAACUAAAGUUAAAAGAUAAAGCCUUCACUGAACAAUCUCAGAAAUUCAAUGACUUAUCUUCAAAGACAGAAUUUAAGGUCAACAGAAUGGGCUCAGAGCUAUCUAAAAUAGAAGAAAAUGUUGAUGAACGAAACACAAGAUUAGAAAAAUAACAUGAAUCAGGUUUACAACGCUCAAAGGAAAAGACUUGAAAAUGAACUUGUCAAAAUGAAAUCUCGGGUUGAUACUUUUGAAGUUGAAUUGAAUAAUAAAAUCAAAGAUAUCCAACUGAGAUUGCUUAGAACUGCAGAACAAAGUAAAAUAACACCAUAUAUACAAGAACAGAUAGAGCAAAACAAUAAAAUAGCUCAAGCCAGAGUUACUAGCCAGCUGAAUGACCUUAGUGAGGAAAUUGACACUCGGAUAGAACGUAAUUUAACUGUCAACAAUCUUGUCGGAGACCAAAUGAAAUAUAACAGCUUGGAAGCCUUUAUCAUAAAAAUUGAUCAAGACAUUGCUCUAGCACAGGAAAAUAUGGAAACCUUGAAUCAAAGUAUCGAAAAUGGGCAAAAAGAUAUCAAAGAAUUUCUCAAAAAGCACUUGAGAGUGGUUAAGAAGGAUUUUGUAGAGUCUCUAAAUGAAGAAAUCACACAAUCAGAGAUUAAACUGAAGGAAAGCAUUACAGGAAAACUUCAGGAAGAAAUAAAUACUAUUAACUCUAAAUUUGAACAAAGCAUUGUCGAGCUAAAGAAUGUCAGUUCUGUUGAUGAAGGUACCUUUAACAGAGCGAUUCAGAGUAUUCAAGAGAAAUCACAAAAAUAUCAAGAAAUGGUAGAGUCACAGAUUAGUAAAGCUGAUGAAGAUCAUCACAAUGCAUUGAGUCAGAUUCAAAACAAUGACAGUCUUUUGAGCAAUAUUAAAAACGACUUUGACAAAUUUACACAAGAAUUUGAGAAAUAUAAACAAGAUAUUGCUCAGAAAAUUAUUAGAGUUGAAGAAAACUCUCAAGAAAUAGUUGAGUCACACAAAAAUAGCAUGAAAACUUCAUUAAAGGUGACUCCUGUACAAGAGUUUGAAAGUAAAAACGGGACUUCUCCGACUCAGAAGAAUUAUAAAACCCUUGAUAAUACAAUGGGGGAUGCUUCUCCACUGCCUCAGGUUCUUGAGGAUCCACCUAACUCAAUAAUGAGCUCUUUUCCAAAGGAGCUAGUUCAGAACUCACAAGAAAAUUCCAGAAUGUCAGAAAUUCUUCAACAUAAUCCUAAAAUUUGCUCUGACACCCCACUGAAUCAAGAACUAGCAACUUCAGAAUUCAGCGCAGCUAAGAAGACUCGUCAAGUUGGGCUGAAAGAAUUUGGUCCAGUCAAGAAGCGUCUUGAAGAAAUGGUCAAGAAGGUUGAACUAAUCAAGUUCCAGGUUAGAGAAAAUUCAAGAGAAAUAGAGUUUAACCGUCAUAAGAUUUUCACAUUACUUAAAACUGGAAGAAAUAGUCCAAGGUUAAAAGAGACUCUAAAUUCAACUAAAAAUGUUCAGAAAGUGUCUCAAGGAGUAACAGCAAUAACCUCAAAGAACAUUGGAGGGCUGCUUAGUAAAAUCCACAGUCCUGCGGGGGUUCGGAAAAUAUCCAAGGUAGUCAAGAUGAAGACCCAAGCAGGAAACAGAAUUGAGAAAUCAGAACGUGCUAGCUCGCUUAGUAAAAGGGCUAUUAAAAUAAAAUCCAGCUUUAAGCAAGAUACAUCUCACAAUAACGAGUCUUCUUUCUUCUCAGAAAGCGCUCAAGAUGAGGAGAAAGACAUUGUCAAGGAAAGUUUUGAUAAAACAGAUUCAAUGUGAGAUCAAAAUCUUAUGUUAGAUCCACACCAAAGUGAACACAGAAGGAAUAAAUCAAUCUCAGAGGGAUAUACUAAAAUGGCCAACAAUAAAAAUAAAUACCGCACUCAACUCGAGCUCAAGGAAUUUAUCAACAACAAAGAUGCAAUGCACAAGCAAGCAAAUUCAAAUCAGAGAAGAAAGAUUAAGUUAGACAUCCCUAACAUGAGUAAUAAUCAAGAUAAACACAUCAAAAAGCGUGACAGGAAUACCUCAGACCUUUCUUUACCUAAAGUGUCUAUGAAAUCUAAAAUGAGAGUUACUCCUUCUCAUAUGAAACCUUUCAAGGUUUCAUAUGAGAACCUAUACCUCUCCAGUGAUAUUGGAAAGAACCGCACAGACCUGACAUUUAUGGAUAAAUCUUCCAUAUAG